CAUGUUGUUGCUCUACUCGUGAAAUCACCGCCGCAGAUAGUUUCACGUUUCUACCGUCAAAAUGGUGAAAUACUAAACAUUAAAUGCACUUCUCCGGUUUUGUAGUGAGACUCUAAAGCGGGACGCGCCUUCAAACAUGACAGAAAACACUCAGGAAUAUGGCUUCGGUGAAUAUGACAAACCUGGUGCGGAGCGAUCACGCAGGAGGAGAGGGGAAGAUGACGAUCUUGGGAGUGAUUUGGAAGAAGAUCUGCUUGGAGAGGAUUGGCUGUCGGGGAAAAAGAAUCCCUCAGAAGUGUCGGAUGAAGAGCUGAAUGACGACCUCCUACAAAGUGAUGAUGAAGAAGUUACCAUGAGCGGCCAGGGUGUAAACCUCAACGCCACAGUCAGCUUGGGCGCAUCCUCGCAGGUGGCAGAAUACACAGAUGACGUCGUGAACCUGGGUGAAGAGGAGGAGGAGGGUUACCAGCAAGAAGAGGAAGAGGAGGGAUACACACAGGAAUACAGCCAAGACAACAACAACACACAGAUGCCUGAAGAAGAAGAAGAACAAAUGGAUUACACUGGAGAGCAAAAUGAGGGUGACGACGGCUACCAGGAUGAAGUGCUAGACAUCCAAAUCAAUGAGCCCAUAGAUGGUGAAUUUCAAGUUGAUGAAUACCAAACGUCCUAUGAACAUGGAGUCCAUCAGCAGGCCCCCGAGGAGCAGCAGGAGGAGGAGGAGGUAGAGGGGGAGGCGCAGCAGGAGGAGGAGGACGAAGAGGAGGAGGAAGAACCAGCUGAUGGUUCCCAGCUCUUUGACAGCGAGGUCGAAAACGAAGCUGGGCCUGCAGAGGAAACCAAAGAGGAAUCGGACGAAGAGGAUGAGGAAGAUGAAGACGCUGGUCGCAUACGGUUCAAAUCUGAAAGGAAGGAUGGCGCUGUUGUGCGGUUGGCUGAUGCAGGAAGUAGCCGGAGAAAUAUUCCCGAAACACUAGAACUGUCUGAGAAGGCUAAGCAGGAUCUGAUGGAGUUUGAAGAACAGGAAAGACAAAAGAGACAGAACCGCUAUGGAGGCCGAGGCAUGAGAGGAGGAAUGCAAGGAGGAAGAGGAGGAAGAGGGGGAAGAGGAGGCGGCUUCCCAUCUUUUGGAAUGGGAGAUUUCAGAGGAGGAAACAGAGGGAGAAUGAUGGACCAGAGGCACUCUCUGAUGGGGGUUCCUAUGAGCAUGAGCAUGCAGCAGCAAUCCUCCCGAAUGCCUCUUCCUCAUCAGCCUCAUCAGCAGCAAAUGCACUCUCAGCAUCACCCUUCACGUCCGAGAGGUCCUCCCCCCUUCCAGGACCACGGGCGUGCGAUUACCCAGCAGCCAUUGCAGCCCCUCAUCCCCCAACACAUGGCUCACCGCUCCCCCCCCAUGAGGCCCCAGAUGGAGCCACCACCACGGAUGAUGAGUUCUCCGCCACCAAACUUCCCCCAGCAGCAGCAGCAGCAGCAGCAGCAGCAGCACCAACAACCCCCCCCACAGUCCAAAAACAUCCACAUUAACCCCCAUUUCAGAGGGCCAACGUCAUCCUCUGUGCAAGUGCCCUUGAUGCCUCCUGCUCAAAGCCAACCCAGACCUGCUGUGGGUCCUCAGAGGUUCCCUGGUCCCGGAGACUUCCAGCAGCACAUGUCAGGCAAUUUCGGCCAAUCUCAGAGGCCCCUUCAUCACAUGGAGCCCUUCAGGAACCAGCCAUCGCAAGGCCCCCAAGACAGAGAGCCUCUCUUUAUGGGCGAUCGUGCAGAGUCCACACGGUUUCCAGGGCAGCACAUGUUUGAUCACCAGGGCCCGAAUUCUCUGAUGAACAGCAACCACAGCCUCCACCAACAGCAGCAGCAGCAGCAGCAGCAGCAGCAGCAGAUGCCGGGUCAGGGUCACAUGGGUUUCGGCCCACCAGGACCCACGUUCAACCAGCCGGGCCUAGGUCUUUUCCCCAGAGAACCACCCAGACCCAACCUCCCUCCCCACCAGGGGCACCAGGGGAUGGUAGGAAUGAACCAACAAGGACCCCCAAAUCAGCCGAGACCUUUCAUGGGCCCUCGGCAGCCGUUUGGCCAGCAGGGGCUUUUCCCACCCCCUGACGUCCAGUUUGGGAUGCAGGUACGACUAAGAGGCUUAAUGGGACCUCCCGUUUCCCAGCUUCCCCAUCACGACCAAAUGUCCUCCCAUCAGCCCAUGCACCUGCACCAGCAGCAGCAUCACAGGCAGGACUUACCUCAUCAUCAGCAUCAACAUCCAAAUGUCAAUGAGCCACGUCCCAUGAUGCACCACGGCCAGAAUCCUUUCCACCAACAGCAGGUGCAUGGAGGCCCCCGACAGAUGAGUCCCCGCCCACAAAACCCCCAACAGAGAAACAUGUCCAACAGGCAGAGGAUGAACACACCCCCUAAGCAAAUGCAGCAUCGCAACAGCAACCUGCGGGAGCUUCCUGUAGCGCCUGCCAACACGAACAUGAACAUGAACAACGCCCGCCCCGCCGCCAACGUUCGGCCUGUUGCCAAGGCAAUACCGGGUGUGCGUCCAGGGCAACAGAUCCCCGACGGAGGAAGAGGACGAGGAAGAGGACAGGUCAUUUCCAAGAUGGAGUCACAGACACCCGGAGGAAGGACGGUGGUUCGAAAGGAAAUCCCAAGAACACCACUGGACCCCAACGAGGACGAGGAAACCCGGCAGUACCGUUUGAAGAUCGAGGAACAGAAGCGUUUGCGAGAAGAAAUUCUGAAAACGAAGGAAAUGAGACGACAAAUGCAAGCCGGCGUCAGAAAGAAGGAGUUGCUCGACCGGAUCAGUUCUCAGACUCCGACCCCACAGAUUCAACCUGCACAACAAAACCAGCAAAUGCCACAACCUGUACAGCAACAACAACAACAACAACAGCAACAGCAACAGCAACAAAGACAACAACCACCUCCUCAGCAGCCGCAGAGACAGUUGCCUCAGAGAGCCCCACAACCUUUAAAUCAGACAUUUAAGAAUCCCAUUCAAGUCAUUCCUCCAAACGGCAAUCCUCAGAUUCUUACGCCACGACCUAAUGUGAAAGCACGCCUUCAGAUGGUGAAAGGAAACAUCCAGCAGCAGCAACAACAACAACAACAACAACAACAACCCCCUCAAGUGCAAGUUCCAGAUCAGCAAUGGACUCAACAAAACCCCCAACAGCGGAGGAACAGUGUUCAGAUCAGACCUGGAGCUCAGAUACAGACGGUUCCUCAGAAGAACAUCAUCCCGGUAACUCCUCAAAUUCAGACUCCAGGACCUCCUCAAACGGGCGCGAAAAGAACCGUAAUGCAGCGGACCAAAAGCGUCGAUGACCAGCAGGUGCCACAGAAAGUCAGAGUCGUCAAACUUUCCGGAGCGGGUGUAGGAGUUGGUGUUGGAAAUCCAGUUCAGCAACAACAAGGCACCUGGACGGCAUCACCUCUGACCCAAAGAAAGGUAACGAUGGCGGGGCAACAAGGACCAGUAGUAGCAGCUCCAGCUGGACGAGGAGUCACCCCACAGCAGAACAGGGUGGUCGUUUCGGCACGGGGACGAGGGCGAGGGGUCGCUCCGAUUGGUCGAGGGCGGCCAAUGUCCACGAGACAAAGUCCGAAAGCAGCCGAGACUGACCGCUGCACCGUUUCCAUCGAAGGCCUUUCUUCCUCUACUACUGACGCACAACUGCAGAACCUCCUCAGAUCCAUCGGCCCCAUAGAGAUGUUCAAAAUGAUGCCCCAGCAGAGGAAAGCAGUCGCCACAUUUUCCAACUCCCAGCAUGCCAACAAUUUUCAGAUGAGUUUCCACAGGCACAUGAUUGAUUUGUCCCACAUUGAUGUGUCGCUGAUUGAUGGAUGAGGAGCGCAAUAAGAGCCAAUUACAAGAUUCCUCUCAACGUGGAAGCAUCUCAUCGGACGCCGUUUAUUUCUUCAGUUUCUACACAGAAGCAUCAUUCAUUCAUCUUCUUACAAACUUGGGACAGAGACUAUGUGUUCCUAUCGCGAGCAUGCCAUUGUUUGACUUGAAUUGUUGUACAAAUGGCACCCGAAAAAGAGACACUGGACCGUUUAAUAAUCCUGCUUUUGAUGUGAAUGUUUUGUGCAUCCCACACGGACACUAAGUGGAACUUAUCAUGGGAUAAUGGUUGCUCCCCUCCUCAGUUAGACUCAGUAUUAAAACUAAACACGCAGACCACUUUGAAAGUUGUUUUUUUCAUUGUUUGCCGUAGUUUUGAGCAGGAAAUGGCCAGACUUUUCACGUUGCAGUGCUUAUUCCCGCCUGUAGGUGGCAGUAUUUCAUCACUAAUGGUACUUAAUUUCUUUUCUUUUUACAUCUCAAGCUCAGAUAGUUAGUCUUCAAGCAGUUUUUGGGUGAAUGGCACCAUCUAGUGGAGAACUUGCAUACAGGCACUAAAGUGGAAGCAGUGACUUGAAAACAAAUUGGUUUUGGACGUAAACUUAAAAAGGUUUCCAAUGGGUUUUAGGAUUUGUUAAUGUUGUGCUUUCUUGUCUUUAUUUUGUGGUGUUUUCUUGAGUUUAGAUUGUUACGUUUAUCUCGAGUUACGGUCAUUUCUCCUUGUUCUGUUCUGUUAUUGAAUAUUUUAGCUGUUACCUGGAAGUUUCCUUCAAAUCCUUUUGGAUGUAUUUUUUUAGUUGUUAGUCAGAUUAUGGAGUAUUUCGAUUUAGUGUGCUUUGAGGGACUGGACUUUGCAACGUUGAUAACUUCCAAUUAAUCGCACAUUUGGUCACAUUUUGAUAAAUCAGAUUGAAUUAGCGUACGGAUUCAUUUCUUUAAACCUUUGCCAGGUCAUACAUUAGGCCUCCUUUGUUCUGAUAUGACUCAUUGAAAUCUGCGUGACUAUAUUUUGAUGAUGUGUUGCCUUAUCGCGGAGCUGCAUGGUUGAUCUGGAAUAAAACGUUGAUGGGUUUGCCUUCAGACGAAGCUGUAGAAGAAAAAUAACCUGAUGACUUUGCCCCGUGAAUUGAAUUCCUGCCCCCUUUUUUAAUUGCAUCCCCUAAUUCCAAUCAUCCUUUGAUCAUUUUGAUAUUGCACUCUUACAAAAGAUGCAUUUCUUCAUGAGAAAUUGUAGGUAACACUUCUCCAAUGCAUUUUAAUUUUCCCUCUGAACCCUUGUUUGGGAAGUAAUUUCAAGCUUUUUUAAUUUACCACACUUUGUCUAUUUCGGCUUCUAAGUUAGUCAAACAAAAGCAGUUCUUUUAAGAAAUACCACUAUUUCCUUAUAAUAUAAAGUCCAGAAGUGAAGCUCGUGUACAUUUUCACAAAGAAAGCAAGAGGGGGCAACCAUUAUAUCCGUGUAGUCAUCAUGUACAAAAACCAGAACUUUCUCUCAAUAUUUAUCCUGUUGAAACCCUUUUUUUUUUUAUUCUUUACUUCUGUUGUAUCAAGUUUUUACAUGUAAGGAUAUUCUGAUGUGUCCAGACAUAAAUCAUUUUACUAGUGUUUUGUUUCUAAGAAGAAGAAAAAUGAAGAAUGACUGGACCACAUUUCUGUUUAUAAGAAAAAAAGUUUAAGGGAAAAUAAAAACAUGGCCAAUAUACCGUGAACAUGAAGGUAUGUGAAGCCGGUUCAACUUUA